GGUUUUGCUACGAGUUUCUGUGAAAACGUUUUUUGUGUUUUUCUGAAAUUUAUUAUGGAUUAUCCGUGAUAUAUUACUUGUAAGUAUAUGGAUUUCAGUACUGGAUUAGGAUUCAGGGAUACCAUGCGGGCGCAGAAUCUCGGUCGGUUGUUCCUUUGACUGCUGGGAUUCGGAUUUCGGAAUGUUGGCCUUCGCACUGAAUGUGGCGAUUCAGGACAAAUGUCAAUGAACUCAUUGACGAUUUUUGAACACUCCCGAUUUCCAAAGGAUUGUUUUGAUUCCUUGAUAACCCACCCAGAAUAAACAGUGAGCCAUCCAAAUCAUCCACCAUGUUCUGGAAUAAGUUUGAUAUGAUGCUGAAUAAGGAGUCCUCGGUGCAGGACGUCCUACUGGAUACUGACCCUGAGAAAGUGGAGCUGAAAGAUUUAUUUGAGAAGGAAGAUUGCAUCCAGCAAGCGAAAGCCCGUGCACCACAACUCAUUAAAGUAUUAACUCGGCCGGAUAUAUUACGGGAACUGGUUAAUUUAAUUACCGAAGAGCCCGCUGGGGAUUUGGACGCCAAAAACCGUUUCAAGGAAGCAACAACCGCUUGCGAAAUCUUGAACGCGGACGUUCCCGAAAUUCUUGACGGUUUAACCCAACCGCCUGGAGAAUUGUUGGAAUUGUUAUUUGGCUUAUUUUCCACCGACCAGAUUCUUAAUCCCAUUUUAACUAGUUUUGUUACGAGAACGCUGGGACUGUUGAUCUCAAAGAAACCUAUUGAAGUUUUUACGUUUCUGAAGCAGAAGGAAGAGUUUUUGGAUAAGUCGUUGAAACAUUUAAAUGUUACGGCCAUUACCGAUCUUUAUAUUCGUUUAAUUACUGCCCAUGAGAAUGAUGACUUCCGGUACAAAAUGUGCGAGUGGCUGAAUCAGCAGCGUUUCAUGCAGCGUGUCGCCGAAUAUCUGGAUGUGAAUUUCAUAGCCGAUCCCGAUUACCAUUUCAAUGCCGCACAACUCAUUUCCGAUAUUAUUCGUUUUUCACGCGAGCAGCAACUCCAGCAGCUCAAACCGGAUGAUGAAAUGUCCAAACUGACACCGGAAACCUAUGCUAAUGAUCUUCUCAAGGCAGCUGAUAGUGAUGAUUUUAUAAAUCAAGUCGUUGGGAUUCUUCUUAAGAGUUCCUCCAGUCAGUCAUCCAUUGUUAACUGUAUUUCAGUUCUGGGUGCCCCCUUUGAUUUCAUUCCGGUCAAUUUUGAUGGUAAUGCCGAACAGCGAGCCUUAUUUAGCGAGUUGAGCUUUAUCGUUGUCAAUUCGCGGAUUGACAAAUAUACCAGAAUUCUUCACCCGGUUAUCCCCCAGUUACAUGAUAUUCUAAAAAACCCACCGGUGCGCAAUAUGUUGAUUGCGGAGUUGGCGGAGGGCGAAGUGACCUUGACGAAUCGCGUCAGCCAGACGCGCGUGCAGCUCGUUCGAUUGUUGGCACUAUUGAUUUCCUUCGGCCGACCGCAGCUAAAUCAGACAAUCUACCAAAGUGGACUGAUAAUUACGCUCCUGGAAAUGUUUUUCCAGUUUUAUUGGAAUUCCUUUUUCCAUUUGCACGUGCAAAACUGUAUUAACCUCAUUAUUCGUAAUACUCCCUUGGCGCUUACCACCGCUGAGAAUUCGCAAAAUGUUCUGGUCAAUCAUCCACUUUUACACCAGCUGCUGGUGGAUGGGCGGUUGCAACAGCGAAUAAUGCAGGCAUGGAAGGAGAACGCUGACUUAGAAGCAACUGGUAAACCCCGGCGAGCAUACAUGGGUCAUGUGACAGCCAUUAGCAUGGAGCUUUCCCCUGAACAGGCUUCCAAAAAUUCCUUCGUUCAAGUACUUCUUGAUGAAAUGGAUGCUUCCACGACUCAAGAAUGGAAUGAGUUUAUGCAGACCAGUAUCAAGCCUUUGGUUGAUAUUCAGUCCCGUUGCCUUGCUGGUGUGCAUCCGCUCCAAGUCCAAAGCCAGCCCAAUUCUGGAUCCAUUCCGAGUGAUGUUGCCGCUUUCGAAUAUGAUAGCACAUCCGCAGCUCCGGGUGAUCAGUCAACGGAGGAUAUAAAUAUGAAGAAGCACAUCGAUCGGCUGGUGGAUAGUGAGAAUGUACCGCCUGGCACAGCCGACCAGAAAGCCAACCAGAUUAUUGAUCAUUUGGCUGACGAGGAAAUGCGGUUGCGUAUCGGUGAUGAAGACGAGGAGAUGGAUAUUUCCACCGAUGAGGAAAUUGUCAAAACGCCUAAAGUGGCCAAGGACGCCGUGUCCGACUGGCCGGCGGUGCAGCCGCUGCAUGUGGCCGAAAAGGAUGGGCUGAAGCGGAUGGAGGAAGCCGAAAAUGCAAACUCACCGUGGGAUACGGCCAUGAAGUCCACGGACGGGUCGCACGAUUUUGCCAACUGGGACAGUGAGAUGACAUCCAAACCAGCAGCAUCUGCUGAUGAAUGGGCGGAUUUCUCCGCUUUUGAACCUGGAACAGAUAACAAUAACCGGGAUAUGUUCUUCUUGUCAUCAUCGCAAGCGGCCAACGGCGCCCAGGACAGCGAAGACGGUCCCUUUGAAUUUCGCGCUUCCUGUCUGACCCCGGAGCCGGGCGAGCCCUCCGCGCAGGCGGUGGAGAAUGGCGAGGAGGAUCCCCGCCCCACCGGCGACAUCAACAUGGACCCCUUUCACGGGCCGCCCCCCUCCUCCAGCAGCCCGCUGCCGACGGGCAGCGGCGACAUUCCCACCUCGUCGGAGUGUUUCCUCAAACACAAAUCCGGCGAAGACGCGACACACAGCGGUUAGCUUUGACAGAGAGAGUAAGGGAAUAUUUCCCGCGGGGGAAGGUGGUUGAUUGAUUGCAGCGACCAAGAUAAUGAGGAGGGAACUUUUCUUUCGGAGGGGGACUGGUUUGUGGUCUUUGCGUGCUGGACUGGGCUGGGGUUAUAUUCUUUGUGAUCGGCUGUGUCGUUGUUUUUUUGAUUACCUUGACUGUCUGUGUACGGUUACCUCUUUGGGUUUCACUGUGUAGACGUUGUCGAUUUGAUUAGGGAGUAUUAAAUUAAAGAAACAUG